CGCGCGCGGCGAAACCGCCCCUCGCGGAUGGCCGCGGCCCGGCCCGCGGCGCGCGCGCGGCCGGCCGCGCGGGCGCCGCGGGUGAAGAAGGUGGCGGCGAAGCGGCGGCGCAGCGGCGCGGGCGGCGGCUCGGUCAAGGUCAAGCCCGUGCCCAUCCCCGCCGUCAGGCCCGGCGGCCCCUUCUGCUGCCUCCCCGCUGGCACACGCCCAGCCGCCGUCGCGGAGGCCGCCCGGCAGGGGCCCGGCUCGGGGCGGCGCGCGCGCGCUGCGCCACUGGUGCGGCUGCUGCCGAAGCCCCCGGCGGGGCCGUGGGAGCCGCUGGCCGACGUCGGCAUCUGGCGGUGGCUGCCCAGCUGGAUCACUUUGCGCGGGGAGCGCGGGCCACGCGGCGUGGCCCCCUGCAUGAGGAGUGACCCCCUGUUCUGGGGCGCGGACGACCCCUGCGUCCUGCCGUUCCUGCCGCCGGCGGCCGCCGCCCGAGGCCGAGGCGCCGUCGUGAUCUGCCCGGGGGGGAACUACAUGUAUCUCCAGCCGCGGGAGGCUGCGCCGAUCGCCCGAUUCUUCGCCGAGCGCCUGGGCGUGCCCGCCCUCGUGCUGAAGUACCGCCUGCUCCCGGGCGCCGGCCUCCGCGAGUCCUGCGCCGACCUCGCGGCGGCGGUCGCAGUGGCGCGCCGGCAUGCCCGGGCAGGGCCGGUGGCGGCGGUCGGCUUCUCGGCCGGGGGGCACCUGGUGGCGUCCGCGUGCGCGCGGGGCGGCGCCGGCGUGCCCGACGCCCAGGUGCUCGUGUAUCCGGCGCUCGACGGGUCGGAGUGGCUGGACGAGGACAAGGCGGGCUUCGGCCCCGAGAUCCAGAUCGGCUCCCAGCAGGUCCUCUUUCCGUCGAGCCAGGCGCGAAUCAGCCCCGGGCGCGACUUUGUGCCGCCCCCGCCGACCUUCCUGGUCGCCUCCACCGGCGACUCCGACUGCGCGCCCGCGACGCACUCGGACCCCUACGCCCAGGCCGCGAUCGAUGCGGAGGUGCCACUGGUCUACAUGCGCGACGACUUUGGGGAGCACGGCUUCGCCCUCAGGGACUUCUGGGCCACCCCGUGCCUGAAGUGGUUACAGAAGCCGCGGCUUCGGCCGAGCAGGCGACCGGCAGGAGCCGUGGGAGACGCCGCCGGCUCCCGCCUGAGCGAGGCGCGCCGAGCGCGCACGCGCAUGCGCGGAGGGCACGACGUCCUCCCUCCUGACUCGCUCCCUCCUUGCUCGGAGCCGCUUGCUCCUCGCUCCUCCUCGCUCGCUCCUCGCUCGCUCCUCGCUCGCUCCUCGCCCCUACUCGCUUCUCGCUCCUCGCUCCCAUGGCCCGCUCGGCCGAGCCGGCGGCCAGCAAAUGCCGCGGGAGGCCUCGCGGCCAGCCGCCGGCGGAAGCGCGCGUGAGCGCGCGCGCAGGUGCCGGAGGGAGCCACGGUCAGAGGUCUGGGUUGUCCUCUCUUUGUGCAGGUGUGCCGCGCUCCUUUUUUGUGCGCGGCAGCGCUGUCGUUUUCCGCCUUCGACCCUCAUAGCAGUUUGUCCCUGCAUGGUGCGGCCUCACUGCCAGCGUCCGCCUUUUGGGGUGAUAGCGGACGUUCGCGCAGCGGCCUUGUCCGAAGGAGGCCAAGCACGUGUUUCGCUUCCCGUGUACAGCGAAAUCAUCGCGCGGCUCUUCUUGGCGUUUUCUACGAAAUUGGCAAAUUCCAGAGAAGGUCUUCCUGCAGACGGGGAGGGAUUCCUGCUCGUAGGAGUUGGCCUGAGGAUUUCGACCUUGAGGGCUUGUUGAAAAAUCGCGCUGGUCUGC